AGAUGGCACCACUGCACUCCAGCCUGCCGACAGAGCGAGCCUCCACCUCAGGAGCAGACACACAAAAAACCACGGUAUGUAUUCUUCCCCCAAAGCCUCCGAGAGCCGCCAGGACUCCGCCGUGAGUUUGACGGGCACCAGCGGCAGCAACAGCAUUAGCAUGUCGGUGGAGAUCAACGGCAUCUUGUACACAGGAGUUCUGUUUGCUCAGCCGCCAGCCCCCACGCCACCCUCUGCUCCCAACAAAGGUGGAGGUGGCGGCGGCGGCAGCAGCACGGGCGGCCGGGGAGGAAGCAGCGGGACCAGCGGUGGCCAGGCCGGGCCCGCGGGGCUGUCUGCGCCCUCCACAUCUACCUCAAAUAACUCGUUGCCUUAACCGCAUCACUCCCCCCCCCGCCACCCACCCCGGGGCCCACCGGCCUGGGCAGGGGGUCCAGGUGAGCCACACAGGGGCCAGCACGGCCCGAAGAUCCGUGUGGGGAGGGAAGAUAUCCACAGAAGAGCCACAGCUGACGCCAAAAAGAAAAGAAAAAAUAUAUAUAAUACGUAUAUAUAUAAAGAAAAUUUAAUAAAACGGGAAAACCAAGGAACACUCGAAUUUCUCAGGUUUUGGACAUUCAGAGAUGAAUUGUGAGAGCAACAAAGGAAAUGGAUGAGACAGCCAAGAGGCAGACCUUUCCCGGGCGUUCCUGCCGCCCCGUGAACCGAAGGCUCUGGUGUCUGUUGGCCCGACCGCAACGUGGCCGGUCGUGUUUACCUCAUACAUCCCUGCACUGUGUGUUUUCGUUUCCGUCUGCUUUCGUUCUCUAUUUUCUGUUCACCAUGCGCUCACCACUCCCAGGUCCUGUGUCCAGCGAAACCCCUGAGCCAAGAUCACUGAAUUUUUUUUUUUUUUCUUGUUGCUUUGGGGAUUUUCUUUUUUUUUUUUUUCCUGUCUGUAGAGUUUUUAAGAGGUUUAGGGGAUUUUAUUGUGUAAAUAUUCUAUUUUAUUCUUGGGGGGAUCAGACCUUAGGAAAGGAUAUCUAUAUAUCUAUAUAGCUAUAUAUUUGUGUUCCUUCAGGGAAACGGACCUUGAAAACGCAAGGAAGAAAAAAACCAAAAAAAAAA